AAUUUUUUCAAAAAUAAGUAGGUCUCUUAAACCUUGUCAUUUUUUCACUACCAAUCACUUUAACUUCCAUAAUAUCCAUUUUUACUUGUUAUCCUAGAAACGUAGCCAUGGCAGAUGAAGUGAUUCUGCUGGAUUUUUGGCCUAGUCCAUUUGGAAUAAGAGUGAGAAUAGCCCUUGCUGAAAAGGGUAUAAAAUAUGAAUACAUAGAGGAAGACUUGAUGUCAAUGAAAAAGAGCCCUUUAUUGCUAGGAAUGAACCCGGUUCACAAGAAAUCCCCGGUUCUCAUCCACAAUGGUAAACCCAUUUGUGAAUCUCUAAUUGCUGUUCAGUAUAUUGAUGAGGUUUGGAAUGAUAGAUCUCCUUUGUUGCCUUCUGAUCCUUAUCAGAGAUCACAAGCUUUAUUCUGGGCUGUCUAUGUUGACAACAAGAUAUAUGCAAUUUUAAGGAACAUUUGUGUCAAAAAGGGAGAAGAACAAGAAGUUGCAAAGAAGGAAUUCAUAGAAACUCUCAAAUUGUUGGAGGGACAGCUGGGAGACAAGUCUUAUUUUGGAGGAGACAAAUUUGGUUAUGUGGAUAUAUCACUCAUUCCAUUCUAUGGUCGAUUCAAAGCCGUUGAGAUCUUUGGUAACAUUGAUAUAGAGAGUGAGUGUCCUAAGUUCAUUGUUUGGGCAAAGAGAUGCAUGAAGAUCGAGAGUGUUUUCAAGUCUCUUCCAGACCAAGAUAAGCUCUAUGAGUUCAUUGUGGAGAUGAGAAAGAAGUUAGGCAUUGAGUAGGUUGGAGCCUUUGAGAUGAAGAAUUCUCUUCCCUCGAAACUCUUUUUUCGCCCCUGAAAAUAUAUUUUUUCCUUUGUUAAAAAAGUUUGGAAUGUAUUUUUCGAAAUUUUUUUACCGUGAAAAAUGAUUUUCAAACUAAGAAAUUAAAAAUUCGGAAAAUACAUUCCAAACUUUUCUAACAAGGGAAAAAAAAUCUUUUUGAAAAAGAGGAAAGGUCCCGAGGGGAGAGAAUUUUGCCUUUGAUAUCUAUGGCCACAAUAAAGUAGUUGUAUUGUAUAUUGUAUCGGUCAUCUUUCUUAAAAAAUAAUUAUGUAAUAGAGGAAAUUGAAUGUUCAAAUUCUCUGUUUAGUUUUGUUGAUAAGAUUUAAU